AUAUAUCAAGCCGUCUACGUGUGUUUCGUAAAAUUGAGCCUUGAAAUAACCUCCUUGCCAGGCCCGACGUCCAUUCUGGUUUUCUGAGUCGAGCACGUUUUCGGAAGUAUUUUACAAGCCGUUAAGUGAUUCUCUGAGCGAUGGCCAAGUCAAAGAAUCAUACUAAUCACAACCAAAACAGGAAGGCCCACCGUAAUGGGAUUAAGAAGCCGAGGAGGCAUAGGCAUGAGUCUUCACUUGGUGUUGACCCUAAGUUCUUGAGGAACCUGAGGUUCGCCAAGAAGCACAACCUGAAGCCAGCGCAGCAGAAGAAGCGUGCUGAGAUGAGGAAACUCCACAAGAGUGAACAGAAAAAAUAACUUUGUUUUAAUAAAAUAAUUUUUUCUUAAGGUU